UCCCGUAGCGAUAUUCUUCCCCAGCGUUCUGUGCGACCAUCACCUGCAGCCGCCACCAUGGACAAGGGUACCUCCGCGGCGCUCACCGCCUACCUGCUGAUCGUGGUCGCCGCUGUUCACACGCAGGCCCUGUCAUUGGAGCAGCUGAGGCAGACAAGCAAAAUAGUGAGGAACAUGUGCCUCAAGAAGACAUCAGUCGACCUAGCACUUGUGGAAGGAAUCCAGGAAGGGAAGUUUCCAGAUGACCAAAACCUAAAAUGUUACAUGAAAUGCUGCAUGGGUGCAAUGCAGGUGCUGCGCCAGGGCCGUUACAAUGUCAAUGCUGCGAAGAACCAGGCUGAAAAGAUGCUGCCCCCUGACCUCAAGGACAGAUUCCUAGCUAUGCUGGAUGCUUGCAGUGACAAAGCAGUUGGAGAAGAUGACUGUGAAAUGGCGUAUCAAUUGACUAAAUGCAGUUAUGAAGCUGACAAAGAGAUUUUCUUGUUCCCAUGAUGUGCACUACCUGCCAAGCAUCACAAGGUUUCAUCUUUCAUUCCAGUGAAGUAGCAGCAUUAAUUACACCAGCUGACUGAGACAGUAUUUUCUAUCUUUUCUUGUAGCAUGAGUCACAGUGAUCACCUGAUGGUAAUUCCAAAAGUGAACAAUAUACCAACAUUAAUAUGUAUGUAAAUAUGUUAUGCAUGCCAAAUAUGUGAUGACCACAUGAAAACAUAAAAAAUAAAGAGCUGACUCCAUUAAAUUAA